UUUGUAGUACUGUAGUUUGGUUUACGGAUGCUGAGGAGACCUGUCGGUACUCUCACUUUCAACACACCGCACAGGCAGGUUUUUUUGUCCGUUCUUUCGGUCGGUGUUGCAGCUGAGUUUAAACAUCCAGCGGAGAAGACAUGGCCCUGUGCUCCGAGCCUGCUAACGUUAGCUCUGCGGUGAACGGACAGCUGAAGAAGGAGAGGAAGGUGGCCGUCAUCACAGGCAUCACCGGGCAGGAUGGUUCCUACCUGGCUGAGUUCCUUCUUGCCAAAGGCUAUGAGGUUCAUGGUAUUAUGCGUCGUUCUAGCUCCUUCAACACAGGCCGCAUUGAGCAUCUUUACCAGAACCCCCAGACCCACACUGAAGGCAACAUGAAGCUGCAUUAUGGCGAUCUGACUGACAGCACAUGCCUAGUGAAGAUUAUCAAUCAGGUGAAGCCUACAGAGAUCUACAACCUGGGCGCUCAGAGUCAUGUCAAGGUAGGGUGA